UUCUAAAAUCAACAGAUAAGAUGGUCAGACCUCCUUGUUGUGACAAGCUAAAUGUGAAGAAAGGCCUAUGGACUGAAGAAGAAGAUGCAAAGAUACUUGCAUAUGUAUCAAAACAUGGAACUGGCAACUGGACUGCUGUUCCAAAAAAAGCAGGGCUUAGAAGAUGUGGGAAAAGUUGCAGACUUCGUUGGACUAAUUACUUGAGGCCUGAUCUUAAACGCGAAAGCUUCACACCGCAAGAAGAAGAGUUGAUCAUUCGCCUCCAUGCAGCUCUUGGAAGCAGGUGGUCUAUCAUAGCCCAACAGCUUCCUGGCAGAACUGACAAUGAUGUAAAAAAUUAUUGGAAUACUAAGUUGAGAAAGAAGCUUUCUGAAAUGGGGAUUGAUCCUGUUACUCACAAACCUUUUUCUCAAGUCCUAGCUGAUUACGGGAACAUCGGUGGUCUCCUAAAAUCUAGAACCCGAAUCGGAUCUUUGAAUCGAGACAUGAAGAACUCAUUUAUGAUCAAACCAGAGCCACAUCCACCCCAACCAGCAAUAGCAACAGAAGGAUUUUCCAACAUCAACAACAGCCGAGUGAUGACAACAAUGGCAUCCCCUGGAAUUGAACCAAUCCAGGAAAACUUCUUCCCAAGCAGCAACAUUAACCAGCAUGCUGCUACUUGUGGUUCCCUAGAUCUGCUUUCUCAGCUUCAAGCUAUAAAACUAGUGACAGAAGCCUCCAACUAUGCCGGUUACCAAAUCAUCUCACCUCAGUUCCCUAAUCAAUACACAUUAUCAUUAUCAUCACCAUCCUCUUCUUCUUCUACUUCUUCUACUUGCUCAACUACAGCACAAGAAAAAGCUGGUCUUGCUUUCAGCUGGCGUGAUUUCCUUCUCGAAGACGCAUUUUUACCAUAUGAUCAUCAUCCCCAAGGACAAGAUCACAUCCCGGAAUUCGAAUCCAAGGACAUUGCACCACAAAAUCACAGUGGCAAUGAGACUAGUGCUGAACACAUAGAUGAUGAUAAAAACAUCAUCAUCAACAACAAUAGUAGAGUACUCUCAGGAAUGGACAGUGAGCUGCUAAGCUAUGGUAUUCAAGCUUCAUCAUCAACUGAAAGUUCAUUUGUGGCAGCAAUGCUUGAUCAAGAAAAUGAGAUGUUCUCAGAAUUUGCAAAUCUUUUGGAAGAUCCUUGUUAUUAACUUUAGUAGGUCCACCAUAUAGAAUAUACG